UGUACCACAAAUACAUGAUUUAGGUGGGCUGAAGAUCGGAUACGUGAGCUCCCCUCUGGCAACACGUUGACAUAUCGUGAUGAGUUUGACGGUUUACGACUAUCUCAGGUGAGCCUGACUCCAUACACGGAUGACAUUCUACCAACUUUGCCUGCCGAAUGUUUGGAGGGGAUCGAAAUAUGGCGUGCUAGAGUGCCCCUCAUUAGCUGGAAGCGUACCGAGUGGCAUCUUCCUGAUCGUGUUAUGCGACAAUUUGGGGGAAUACAAUUCACAGAUGUUCGACCGAUGGAAUUAAAUUUCAGAAGGAUUGAUGGAAGAGGUCGAGCUGAUCUGGACUGGACUGUUCAGUAUAGAGAUUACCUGGAAAUAUGGGAAGAUAGGAGAGCAUAUGUAGUAGCAAUAACCCGGCCAGAAGGAAUUGGUAAUCAGGAGUUAGGUACUUACCUACGGUGGUAUAGGUCAUGGGCUUCAAUCUAUUUGUUACAGCCUCAAACAGAACCGCCAGAAACUUUUUUUCCUCGCUCCCCAGGCGAACGAUUAGUGGCUGACUACUACAUACGUUCAAGUGCAAUUCUUGAGCCAUUGGCGGGGGGUCAAGGACAAAAUGCCAGUUCAUUACAAUUAGCAGUUGACCAGGUCUCCGAGCUUUCCGCCAGAGUGCAGCGAUCUGUUUAUAUCGACUAUACUACUUUUGACACCACACUACCUGAGAUGAGUCAAACCAGGGACGCAGGAAUAGGUUCUCAUGGCUCUCAAGGGCCAAGACGAUCAACUUCUGAUGCUCCAUCUAGAUCCAGGAGAAGUCGACGACAGCAGCAAACUGAACGAGAACCACCACGACAUUCAAUGCACAUUCCAUCGAGCGCCUAUGACAUGUCCGGGGCUGGACCCUCCACACAACAUUGGCGCCCAUUGGCGUCACAAGAAACCAGUGCACAUGAAAUAUUUUAUGGUACACCAUCCCAACAUCCCUCAACACAAACAUUUAUACCCAUAUCAAUACCAGAGUGGAUGUUAGGGGUUGGGUUACCAACCUCCCCCUCGCAGCAAGAUAUAUUACUAAUGGGAGGACAAACUUCUGAACAAUAUACUGAUGUGAGGCAACAUCGACCAGAACUUCCACCACAAGAUGAGGAAUUUAUUGAGGAAGAGCAACAGCUACAACAACGCAGAAGAAGAGCUCCAGAUAGAUAUACUCCUGGUAGUAGGGCUCUUCCUCGACAUCGAUAGAUGGUCUGGGUUAAAAUUUUCUCUAUCUUAUGCUUACUACUUUAUGUAUGUUAAUGUUCGAUGAUCUGUAAGACAACAUAAUACAUCAUAUUCAUGCUCUCUUAUUUAUAUUCAGCAUGCAAAUUAUUGUAUUCUAUACGUUUUUUCAUACUUGACUUGAAUAUUAUUCCAAGCCAUUUCACAACAUUUUUCGCUCCUUGUUCAUAGGAAUCCACAUUUUAAGCAAGAAGAAGUUUAUUAUUACAAAAUAUUCUCAGAGGUCAAUGAAAAUAUGAGAGGCGCACCUACAAACCAACUAAUAGAAGAAGGAAGUAGCCGUAUACAUGAAAGUUUGGCUUAUAGCCCAGAUGAGAUCCUAGAAGCAAAAGCAACUACAAAUGAAAUUUUUAGAUGUCUUCUACAUACUUGGGGGGAAGACGAGGAUGUUGUCCUGUGGCAUGAAAAUGAUGAAAUUAUGAAAUUAAGGCAAUAUAGGUCUGGCUAUGAACUUCGAGCAAGUGGUUGGAAGUUGUUACAAGAAAGAUUUAGCGAUAUGAACGGCCACCUAGUAUCAUUAAAUUUUAUAAAGGAUCGUAUUCGAGAAUUGGGGUGCGAUAGACACGGUAAUGUUGAGCCGGGGAUAGGAAUAUCAAUGGUUGAUAUGGAUCACUGUAUUCUAUAUCAACAUUGGUCGCAUAAAGAAGACAAAUGGCUCUUAGAUAACUACAAAAUGCUAAUGCAAUGUUCUCAGGGCGGAAAGCAGAUAAAAUUUUUAGAUGGCGAAGAUUGGAACCACCUGCAACACGGAUUUAUGUACCACUUCAAAUGUUGUCCAACACAAACACAACUUCAAGGUCGUGUACGAAAUCUGCUUAGGAAAUGACUAUAAAGUGUUCUGAAAUGUAAGCAAAUAUUAAUAUUUUAUGUAUAAGAUUAUGGUGCUAACUAUCUAAAAUUCUUAUCUGCCUUUACAUAUAAACUUGUAUUAUUUUCAUAAAUAAUAACUCAUUCCGCAUUUGCUUAAAUUUCAGCACAUAAUGUCAUCAUCUUCAUCAAAGACCAAAGCAAUAAAGCGCUCACCAGCUAGGGAUUUCCUUCAUAUAAUUCCUAGAAAGAAGUUGAUAUAUGAUGGAACAAUUCGAUUGUCAGAAUCAAUGUCGUACCCUAUAGAUGAAUUCUUGGAGGAAAAAGCAAGAACAAAUGAAUUUUUGCGAUGUUGUUUACAUGAAUGGUCUUGGUAUGAAG